UAAAGAACUAAUCCAAGUACAUAUUUCAAAAAGGAAACACUUGUGAAACAUUAAAUAAUCUGUAGAUUAUAUUCUUUUUCGUAAUCAAAUAUUAUAGUCAUGGUCGCUGGAUUACAUAUGGAGGCCAUCGAUCGCAUUACAUCAAUUCCGUUGGUGGAGUCAAGCGUUAAACGUGUUGAGCACAUCUAUGACAAAGUCAAGAACAACAAUCGCCUCUUCAGCUGGUACUUUGAGACGGCCGAGGCCACAAUUAGUGCAGCCUACGAGACGGUCCAGCCGGCUGUGAAGCUAUUCGAGAUGCCCAUCAAACGACUAGACAAUGUGAUGUGCAAAAGCCUAGACAUAUUGGAGCAGCGUAUACCGCUUGUCUAUCUGCCACCCGAAAUGGCGAUUAUUUUGUGCUUAAAGAUGUAUUGGAAUACCAAGGAGUACAUGUCGGAUCAUCUGGUGCGACCUGUGCUCAAACGUGCGGAUUCCGUUAAACAAAUUGGCAAUGCGGUGCUCGAAAGUCCUCUAACAACCUAUGCAGCAGAUCGCAUCGAUGGAGCCUUUACGGCAGGCGACAAAUUUGUUGACAAAUACCUUGUGCCCAUCCACACCGACCAGGAUCAGACAGAUGCGCCUCAAGACGAUGAUAACGAACCAACGGGCGCAGUGGCGAACGAGAGGGGUGCGAUUAAGGCAAUUCAUCACGGUCAACGCUUCUCACGAAAACUCACACGCAGACUUACGCAAAGAACUUUUGCCGAGGCACGAGCCCUUAAAAAACAAAGCAAAGAAGCGAUCCAUGUGCUUAUCUACGCGGCCGAAUUGAUUGCCACCGAUCCGAAGCUGGCUAUGCAAAAGGCAAAGGAACUAUGGGGAUAUCUAAGUGCUGACGAGCCGGAGAAUCAAGCUAGGCCUGUCACAUUGGAGCAGUUGAUUGUGUUGCUGACUCGGGAGUCAGCCAGGCGCGUUGUACACUUUGUUAACUAUACAGCGAAUGUUGCCAACAAUUUACCCAAACAUUUGGCACACACCACUCACGAAGUUGUACAUCAGAUAAUAUGCAUUAACAAUCGCAUAAUAACUAUAACGCGCUUAGAUAAGGUCAAGAAUAUCUCAAAGGAGGAAGCCGAAUCUCUAAUUAAACGUAUGAUCGCUUUCUAUAGUAACCUGCAGGUACUCUCGAAUGGCUAUCUGGAACGGGUUGCUAGCUUUUUGUCUGGACGCAUUGAAGCUGAAAAGGUAACGGGUAGUGAGAGCAACACAGUUAGCCGAUCCUCAAGAAGACAACAAGAAACAAAUAAUUUCUCUCCCGCUCAAAAUAAUAUAAAUGGGGUUUAUUGAGAAGCAGAGUUUUUCGUUGCUGUCGUAUUUUUAUAUCUAAUCAUAGAGUUUUGCUUCUGCUUUCAUUUUCGUACUAAUUAAACAGAUUUAUUUGUUUAUUU